AUGAACUAUCCUACCAUCAAUACGGGGCAUGCGCAUUGUAUCCCGUCAACGUUUACCCCUCCACAUGUCUUCGGUGCUGAGAUAACCUCCAUCAAUACACAUUUGGUUACCAAUUUCACCGCAAUUGUACCGGCCGAACAGCUUUUCAACACGCCUACUGCGAAUGCUACCAACGUGGACUUUUGCAAUGUUACAGUUUCCUAUACCCACCCGGGUCAAGGCGACAACAUCAGCGUUACGGCAUGGUUGCCGAUUGACUCGUGGAACGAGCGGAUGGAAGGAGUUGGCGGCGGAGGAUGGGUUGCUGGUGGUCCUAUCAGCCAACUGGCCUACCCAGAACUCGUCACCUCUCGCUCGUUAUACGACCAGGCAGUCAUUGGGAAAAGCCUCAUUAAGGACUUUUACGGCAGAUCGCCAAAAAAGUCAUACUGGAACGGUUGCUCCCAGGGCGGCCGUCAGGGCAUGAUGCUCGCACAACGAUAUCCUGGCUUGUAUGAUGGCGUUGCUGCUGCUGCUCCGGCCAUUAACUGGAAUGCCUUUUUCACCGCCAUGUAUUGGCCUCAACUCAUUAUGAACUUGGCUGGAAAAUAUCCUCAUGGAUGCGAGCUGGACACAAUCACUGAAGCAGCUGUAUCCGCGUGCGAUGGUCUGGAUGGCGUUCUAGAUGGUGUAAUCUCGGAUGCAGAUACAUGCGUUUUUGACCCCUUCACGGUCGUCGGCACUGUCUUUAACUGCGCUUCCACAAAUACGACAAUGCAGGUCAGUCACACGGCAGCAGUAGUAGCAAAUGCUACGUGGUCAGGCCCACAAACUUCCAAAGGAAACUUCCUAUGGUAUGGGCCGCAUAGAGGGGCAGAUCUCUCCGGCGCUCUUACCGCUUUUGGUCUUGCUGGGACACGUUGCACUGGCGAUGUUUGCGUUGGAGCACCACUCUAUCUCGGUACAGAGUGGAUGGCACUCUUCAUUGAAAGGAACCCUGAUUUCGAUCUCACCAGCAUCUCCCAUGAACAGUACGACGAAAUUGUUUACUCUGGAAGGCAACAGUUUGCUAGCACCAUCGAGACAGCUGACCCUGAUCUUUCGCAAUUCAAGACUCACGGGGGUAAAAUUCUAACCUUCCAUGGCCUGGCUGAUCCCGUCAUCCCUACCAGAGGCUCGGAGCAUUAUUACAAUGCUGUUCAAGAAUUAGACCCUGAUAUUCAUGAUUUCUAUCGACUUUUCCUUGCCCCCGGAGUAGCGCAUUGCUUUGGGGGCUCUGGAGGUCAACCUCAUACAGUCCUAGAGGCCUUAGUGGAAUGGGUUGAGAAUGGUACUGCUCCAGAAACGCUGCCUGUUAGCUUUACUAGCGCCAAAGGUACCACCUACGACCAAAUCCUCUGCCCAUAUCCACAGAAGUCAGUCUACACCCUAGGCAGUGACCCGACUUUGGCGGAGAGCUACCACUGUGUUUAG